AUGCGCAUUCCCUUUGGAGCGAAAGUCCUCUAUUGGGCCCCGAAGAAGCAACGCAAGCCUGAACGAUCCAAGUUUUCUGGCACAGGGAUUGAAGGUAUAUUCCUUGGGUAUCACAUCCAACCUGGUUUUAUCUUCAAGCUUGAGUACGUUGAACAGCUUAGUGAAGACCUGGAUGAAAUGUUCCCAGAGCUAUUUGGUCCUGAUCGUGAUAAAGAUCCUCCGCCGAAGGACGCGAAAGAAGCCACCCGCAAGGGUGAGUCAAAGUCUGAUUCCCGUGCAUCAUUGCUUGAUGAUGUUCCUUACUCUGUGAAGCAGAAGCUGAAGUCAAGCGCAGCAGUAGCAGCGCAAGAACCACCGUAUGGUUAUGUGUGGAGUGGGGAAUGUUUGGUCAAAAAGAACAACAGGAACCGCCCCAACGCUAUUGAUCAUACUGCAUGGAAGUCCAUGUCGAAAAGACAAAGGGCAACAGCAAUCGCAGAACAUGAGAAGAAGCUACAUGAGGAGAAUGAGGCACUGUACCGCGAAGCCGUGAAGGUGGAUUGGUGGGAUGGCGAAACCUACUUCGACCUCGCAGGCCGGGAACAGUCUGAUUUCGAACUGGCAGUUGCAGCUACCCGCAAGGGUAAGCCGGUUCGUAACAAGUCUGAGGCUAAGAAAGAGGUUGGGCAUUUCAAGCUACUGAAUGUUGGUACAGCUGAACAAGUGGCGGAUGUAUUCACGAAGCCUUUCACUGAAAAGAACAAGUGGACGCAUGCCUUGAAGCUUAUUGGACAUACAACCAGCGCGAACGUAGCCCGGUGCAAACCCGAGUCGAAGGUCGAGGUCGGCAACAAGGUUUCGGUAGCAGCAGCUCCGGAUGCAGCAAAGACCGUCGAGGACUUCGCUAAGCAAUCGUUCGACGCUAACGAUUACAGUUUCAAGACCUUCGAGAUGGCAGCCAUCGUUGUGAGCGACGAGUUCUGCAGGGUCAACACCUCCGAGGCAGACAGGAAUGGGGUAACCAAGGCCAUGAAAACCCUUCUCCAAGCCGCCGCACUCAACAACGAUAUCAUUUCGCUCGGCGCCGAUCACGAGAGCCAGCUCUUGGAGUCGGCGUACAGCUGCGUAUCCACCCAAUGCGCGGCUGGGGUGUCUUUGACCCAUGCCGACGCGACCUGUGUGGCGCUGCGCCAGAUGGCUGACCUCAGUGACGAGGGACUCGCCAAGUUGAAGCCAACCGCAAGGUUGAGCCCCAAGGCCAAGCGAGCCAUCAUUGUCGUGUCAGACAGCUCCACCGCACUUUGCAAGAAGAACAGACGGGGAGUGUUCGUCAAGGCCGACUUGGAUGCGGAAGUGAACAUCGCAAGCAUGACGCUGGGAUGGGCACAGACUCGCUACACUAUGUGUUGGGGCAAAACCUUGGCGUGGAUUGUCUGGCAGGUCGAGGAACACAUCAAAGAGCUUCGCGCCAACUAUCCGGGCCACACCAUCGACGUGAUUUGCUGGUGGUGUGGAAACGAGAUUUCCGGCCAGUGGGGCUGCAUCAGACGAGCAGCAGAAGAGCUAGCUCCAGUGCUGGUCCGAGAACUGCAAGAAGAAGAUCAAGGCCUUGACGCGUUAAUUGAAGAAAGGAUCCUGACUUUCGAUGGCGAGGUCUAUGUGUCGGCUACCACAAUUGAAGGCAUCACAACUGAGAUCGGCCAAAUCCUUACCGAUAGCCUCCGUAGUGCUCAGAUCCAGACAGACCAAACGGAACGCUUGGCAGAGCGCAAUCGCCAGGCUGCAGUCCAGAAUCGCCCAUCCCAAAAGGGACGCGGUCGCACGGCAGCACCUGAGCCGAUGUACAGAGGCUAUACUCAGGCCCAGUGGGACGAGUACUAUCGCCAGCGCCGUGGAGGUUACACUCAGGCCGAGUGGGAUGCAUGGAACCGCACCCAUAGGCGCUGA